UUUACCAAGAAGGACUCAGACUCCUAAGACACAUUGACAUGCAAACAUUGGCUGCCAAGCACAUGGUAUCAUUAUCAUCUAAGUGCUGUAAUAGUGAUGAAGGAGAUGGGGCAUCAAGGUAUUUCAAUGGAGGAGGAGCGGAGGGUGAAAGCCAAUAAUCCUGAACAUAAUGAAAAAUUUCAGUAUGCUAAUAAUCGCAUCAAAACAUCUAAAUACAACAUUCUUACUUUCUUGCCAGUUAAUUUAUUUGAACAGUUCCAGAGGGUUGCAAAUGCUUACUUCCUUUUUCUUCUGAUUUUACAGCUGAUCCCAGAAAUAUCCUCCUUGUCUUGGUUUACUACCAUUGUGCCUUUAAUGGUGGUAUUUACCAUUACUGCUGUCAAAGAUGUCACAGAUGACUGUGGGAUGGACAGUGGUUCCCUAUCAGAUGCUUUCCUGCUCCCAUGGUCGGGAAACCUGAUGUAUGCCUUCUUGCCAGUGCCGGUGAUCCAAAGAGUCCUCAUGAAGAUCAAACAGGACAGGGUGAAGUUUCGCCAUAAGAGUGAUAACCAGGUGAACAAUCGACAGGCUGAAGUACUCAUUGAUGGCAGAUUACAGAAUGAAAAAUGGAUGAAUGUAAGACCCGGUGACAUCAUUAAACUGGAGAAUAAUACAUUUGUAGCUGCUGAUUUGUUACUUCUGUCUAGCAGUGAACCACAUGGUCUCUGUUACAUUGAAACAGCUGAGCUUGAUGGUGAGACUAACCUAAAAGUACGUCAGGCUUUACCAGUUACUUCAGAACUUGGAGCAGAUAUUAGAAGGCUUGCAGAAUUUGAUGGUGGUGUUGUCUGUGAACCUCCUAACAACAAGCUGGAUAAAUUCACAGGAGUUCUUUUCUGGAAAGAUAAUAGGUACUCACUCAAUAAUGAACAGAUGCUGCUACGAGGUUGUGUGUUGAGAAACACAGGCUGGUGCUUUGGAAUGGUUAUUUUUGCUGGCCCUGACACUAAAUUAAUGCAAAACAGUGGUAGAACUAAAUUUAAAAGAACAAGCAUUGACCGGCUGAUGAAUGCUUUAGUAUUAUGGAUCUUUGGCUUUUUGGUAUGUAUGGGAAUAAUUCUGGCAAUAGGAAAUUCAAUAUGGGAACAACAGGUUGGGGCCCAUUUCAGAAUUUACCUUUACUGGAGUGAAGUCGUGAACAGUUCUGUUUUUUCAGGAUUUCUCACAUUUUGGUCGUACAUUAUCAUACUCAACUCAGUUGUGCCUAUUUCCCUGUAUGUGAGUGUGGAAGUUAUUCGACUUGGACACAGCUAUUUUAUAAAUUGGGAUCGUAAAAUGUAUUACCCCAAAAAAGACAUACCUGCUGAGGUUCGGACUACCACGCUCAAUGAAGAGUUAGGACAAGUUGAAUAUAUUUUCUCAGACAAAACAGGAACAAUCACUCAAAACAUAAUGACUUUUAACAAAUGCUCCAUUAAUGGAAAAACAUAUGGUGAUGUAUAUGAUGACCUGGGCUGGAAAACAGAAAUUAAUGAGAAAACAGUGCCAGUGGAUUUUUCAUUUAACCCACUAGCAGAUAGAAAAUUUCAAUUUUAUGAUCACAGCCUGAUUGAAUCCAUUAAACUAGGAGACUCAAUGGUACAUGAGUUCUUUAGGUUGCUUUCCCUCUGCCAUACAGUCAUGUCUGAAGAAAAAAAUGCAGGUGAAUUGAUUUACCAGGUGCAGUCGCCAGAUGAAGGUGCUCUAGUAACCGCUGCCAGAAACUUCGGUUUCAUCUUUAAGUCUCGGACCCCAGAGACCAUCACUGUGGAAGAAAUGGGCAAACUUGUUACAUACCAGCUCUUAGCAAUUCUGGAUUUUAACAAUAUCAGGAAAAGGAUGUCUGUAAUAGUUCAAACCCCAGAUGGGCAGAUAAAACUUUAUUGCAAGGGAGCAGAUACUGUUUUAUUUGAGAGGCUUCAUCCCUCCAAUGAAGAAUUAAUGUAUUUGACAUCAGAUCAUCUUGAGGAGUUUGCUGGAGAAGGCCUUCGGACCUUAGCCCUUGCAUACAAAAGCUUGACUGAAGAGCACUUUAAAGAGUGGUUUAAAAUACUUCAGGAGGAAAACACUUCACUUGAUAAUAGGAAUGAACAUCUUGCUGCAGCAUAUGAAGAGAUUGAAAAAGACAUGAUGUUACUAGGUGCUACUGCUGUAGAAGACAAGUUACAAGAAGGAGUUACAGAAACAAUUGCCAGUUUAUCACUAGCUAACAUUAAGAUCUGGGUUCUAACAGGAGACAAGCAAGAAACUGCCAUGAACAUUGGUUAUUCCUGCCAUAUGCUCACUGACACCAUGAAUGAGAUUUUCAUAGUGACUGGUCACACGGUAAUGGAAGUGCGUGAAGAACUCAGGAAAGCGAAAGAACGUUUGUUUGGACAAAGCAAAGACCUUUCCAAUGGUCAUGUAUUUUGUGAAAAAAUGCAAGAAUCAAAGCAGGGCUCGGUCUUGGAAGAAACUGUCACUGGUGAUUAUGCAUUAGUCAUAAAUGGACAUAGUCUGGCUCAUGCACUUGAGGCUGAUCUAGAGAAUGAAUUUGUGGAAGUUGCCUGCAUGUGUCAAACUGUGAUUUGUUGUCGAGUGACCCCCUGUCAAAAAGCACAAGUGGUAGAGCUGGUUAAGAAGCACAGGAAGGCAGUCACCUUGGCCAUCGGAGAUGGAGCCAAUGAUAUUAGCAUGAUCAAAAGUGCACACAUAGGCAUUGGCAUCAGUGGUGAAGAAGGAAUGCAAGCAGUCUUGGCCAGUGAUUACUCCUUUGCCCAGUUCAGAUACCUUAAGCGGCUCCUGUUUGUUCAUGGCAGGUGGUCCUAUUUCAGAAUGUGCAAGUUCUUGUGUUAUUUCUUCUACAAAAACUUUUCCUUCACUCUGGUGCAUUUCUGGUUUGGCUUCUUCUGUGGCUUCUCAGCUCAGACUGUUUAUGACCAGUGGUUUAUUACCCUCUUCAACAUCGUCUAUGCUUCGCUGCCUGUACUAGCUAUGGGUUUGUUUGACCAGGAUGUAAAUGAUCAGAAUAGCAUGGAUUAUGCAAAACUCUAUGAACCUGGGCAACUGAAUCUACUAUUCAAUAAACACACAUUUUUCAUCUGCAUAGCACAUGGAGUCUACACCUCUUUUGCCCUUUUCUUCAUCCCUUAUGGAGCGUUUUAUAACACAGCUGGUGAAGAUGGAAAACAUAUUGCUGACUACCAAUCUUUUGCUGUCACAGUUGCAACAUCUUUAGUUAUUGUAGUCAGUGUUCAGAUAGCCUUGGAUACCAGUUAUUGGACUGCCAUCAAUCGUUUUUUCGUCUUGGGUAGUAUAGCCGUGUAUUUUGCUAUUUUAUUUGCAAUGCACAGUGAUGGGAUUUUUGUUAUAUUCCCAAACCACUUUCCUUUUGUAGGAAAUGCCCGUAAUUCCCUGAGCCAGAUAAGUGUUUGGCUUGUCAUCCUCUUGACUACUGUGGUUUCAGUCAUGCCUGUAAUAACAUUCCGAUUUUUGAAGGAAGAUUUAAAUCCAACGAUAACUGAUCAGGUUCGGAAGUUGCAGAAGUCUAGAAGGAAGCAGAAACCAUUACAGAACUACAUUCCUCGGGUGUACAGAAGAAACUCAAGAAGAUCUGCAUAUGCUUUUUCUCAUCAAGAGGGCUUUGGGGAACUUAUAACAUCUGGAAAGAAUAUGUGAGUCAAUAAUUCACAUCAAACAUCAGAGUUAGCUAGAACCAUGCAUAAUAGCAUCAGCUGGAUUGAGAAUUUACGUAAGAAAACAGCAGAGACACUGAACAGCUUCAGUAGUGACAGAACUGUGAAACUGUGAGUCAAAGAAGAAAACAAAAGUUUAUUUUAAAAAACCAUGGCCAUAUCUUUGCGCUGUUUGCCAUUUUGUAAACAUUAAGCAUGAAAUUUCAACGUGUGCUGAGUACUAUAGCGGAAGUGUCUAACCCACCAUAUUUUACAGCAUGUUCAAGAAUGUUGUCAGCACACAAUAUUUUCAAAGGGAUCUCUUGGGGUUUUUUGUCUUUUUUCCUUUUUCUGAAAAGCAUUCACUAUAGCAAAACAAUGUGUGUAGCUGCUUCAAGAGGUUGGACUAUCCAUGAGAAUAUCUAUAAGAAAUUUCCCUCGAAGUUAAGGGAAAAUGCAGUAUUCAAAUAUUUGAAUUAGUCAUAUAUUCCAGUAUAAUUAUUUCAUACUGCUGAAGUGAGGGGCAUUUAAAAAAACUGUUAGAAUGAAACCAUGGUAAAAAGUCAUUAACCUCUUUUUAACUGACUUGUAUUUAUUUAAACAAUGUAAAAGUUUCAAAGUCAAAUGAUUUCAGGGUGUAUUUUUUUUUUAAUAUUUGAAAUUAAGUUUUUUAAUUGUUUAUAAAUUGAAACCAAAAAUAAAAUACUAUGUAAUUAUACAAUAUCUGUCCAUAUGUGCAGAGUGUUUCUGUUGUUUGCAUUCACUUCUAUUUUAUCUGCUAUUUAGUAAUUCAGUGCAUAGUUUGAAGUUAAGGCAUAACUCUUUCAGGUUAAUUCCUACUGAAAUGUAAUGGACCCUAUUCCCUUCUCUGUUCUGAUGUAAAUUAGAAAUGACUUUAGAGAAUUCAGUGGAAUUACAAAAGCAUAAAUGGGAAGAGAAUCAGCUCCAACUUUCCUUUUGUUGUCUUUAGCACCUUGGAAGGUUUUACUCUGCCUGUUGAAAAGAGAAAUGCCUGUAAGGAAGAGGCUUUAUCAGAUUCUGUGUGGAAUCUAGGAAAUCUGCUUUACAAUUCUCUGUUUUUAGAGAUCUCACAAAACGCUGUACUUUUCAAUGUAAGUCAUUUUAAAAAUAUAGCAGAGGACUAGCUUAAUUUUAAAAAGGAUUGAUAUGCCCUUAUAUUACUUUGCACCUUAGCUACCUUAUGAUGGAAAUUGGGAUUUGGAGGACUGUAAGAAUUUUAUACUGUAGAUGUUGAGACCAUAUAUUAUCAGAAUUGUAAAAAUUCCAGUUCUGGAUUUUGAACACCCAAUUUUUUUGGUGGUAUAUCCAGGAUUUUGGUCAGGCUCCAUCCAUGAUACACAUGUAUCAGUAGCUAGUUCCCAGUUCCCAGUUUAAAUAAUUUAUAGAAGAGAGGAAAAGAAUUCAAAAUAUGAGCUUCCAGCUAACUCUUCUUCAUUGAGGAUAGAAGAUUGUAAGCAGAGAAUUCUCUUUUAUAUUGUUUAGCUUCAGUAUGUUGAGAGAGAAGAUUUUUAAUACUAUUUAAUACAGCUAAAUGGUAACUGAAGUCAAUGAGGAAAAAAAACCCAUUUAGCUUUUAGAAGAAACUGUACUAUACUUUGUAUAGGCUUAUGUUUAAAACAUACCUUCACCAGCUGACCCAAUGUGAUGUCACCAAAGGGAAUCUAAAUUUUAGUAUUGCAAAUUCUAAUGAACAAAAAAUAAAGAUUUGAAGAUUAAAAUAGCCAGGGGUAUUUGUCUUACGUAUUUUAUUUUUCUUUGGAUUUGUGCAUGAUUAUUUUUGGUAGAAGUAAUAUAUAAUCAUGUUGAGCAUUAAUUUCCCAAUCUGGCACAAAUAUCUAUAAAUUUGCAACACUUCAGUGUGUUUCUUUCAGCACAGAGAAAUCAUUCUGUCAAAGUCUGUACUGAUUUAUAUCCUAUGUAAUUCUGUUCAAGCUAAAGGACUUGCAUGCAGUAUAAAUUACCACAGAAUUUGGUGUAUUAUCCUUUGUAAGCUAUCAGGCCCAAAAUUUUAGUGAAAUGACUUGGAACAAUCCAAAUGCUUAAGCCUGCAAAUAAUAAAAGAACAUAAUAAAUGAGGGCUUAUUUGUAGAUAAAUAACUGCCAUGUUUAGGUCCUAUAAAAGAAAAAAAGAGCAUUUCCAAAUUUCAAAUGUUUUGCAAAAUAAAUGUUCAUAUAGGUUAAGUGGUAUGAGGUAUAAAUUAUUUUUAAAUUGUACUUAUAAUUAAUUGACAAUUACGCAAAAGAAUGGACCAUGGAGAAUAGAAAGAUGUUGAAAUGCUGGCAACUACUUGGUAAUUAUUGCAUUAGCAAAACAAGUUCUUAACCAAGUUGAUGAAAAACAGUAUCUUUCUGUAGUUUCUAAAGAAAAAUAAGUUUCAGUGUUAAACUUUGUAGUUUUAAGACCAGUUGGACUUUACUGUUUUAGGAAUGUUUAUUAAGUGCUUGUCAGGUGAAUUUGUUAGUAAUGACUUUAUUUAACCAAUCAAUGCGCCCAGUUAAAUAAGAGGUAUGUAUCAGGAGGAUACUCCAAAAGUGCUUCAAGGGACACCUCCCUAUGGGAACCCCAAACUGUAUUUAUUUGACAGGACAGUUGACCAAUUUCAUCCAUGACAACUCCAAGCAUAUGAACAGAAUCAUAUACCCAAUUAUACCAGACCGCAUUUGGCCUGACACUUGUUUGUGUUAGAUCCCUUAAAAGGUAUAUCUUAGAUAAUGAGAAUAUUUAAAGUUAAAUGUGUAAGUUUCAUUCCAAAUUGUCUGAACUCUCUU